ACACCUCUGCUUCGCUUACAACUCUCAGGACGCUCAGUAAAAAACAGUAUCAAAACAUCGAAACGCAUGCGUCAGUCUAUAUUUAGCCGCCCAUUGACCGUUGAAACCGGUUAAGUUUGUUUAGUAUUGUUUGUUGAAAUGAAUGCGUAGCGUGCAAAAUAAACAUAUUGCGGGUCGUUUGCACGUGUGUAUCACAUUUUGUGGCAUUUACGAGAAAGAUUUUGGUACAGAAUAUUGCGUAGCAUUAUUAAUUGUAUCAUUUAAAUUAAAACAAAGCAGGAACAAAAUGGUAGCAGGACGGCUUGCAUUAGUAACAGGGGCCGCUUCCGGUAUUGGUAAAGCAACAUGUCGUCUCUUGGCUCACAAGGGUGCGACUUUGGUGGCUGCGGAUCGAAAUCCCGAAGGAAUUGCACAUUUAAUUAAAGAACUGAACAUGACUGCCCACGGCGAUCAGAAGCACACCGGAGUAUCAAUUGAUGUAAGCGAUGAUGAAUCUGUCCGCAAUGCGUUGUUAAAAGUUCUGGAGCACCACAAUCAACCGCCAUCAAUUAUUAUUAACAACGCCGGCAUUACACGUGAUAAUUUCUUGCUAUCUUUAUCAGAGACUGAUUUUGAUGAUGUUCUUAGUGUAAAUCUGAAGGGUACAUUCCUAGUAACGCAAACAUUUUGUAACUCGAUAGUAAACCACGGCAUUAAAAUCGCAUCGGUUGUAAACUUAGCGAGUAUAAUAGGCAAGUACGGCAAUAUGGGACAAAGUAAUUAUGCGGCGAGUAAGGCCGGUGUGGAAGCCUUGACGAAAACUACAGCCAAAGAAUUGGGAAGGCUGGGAAUUCGGUGCAACGCUGUUCUACCAGGCUUCGUGGACACACCAAUGACACAAGCAGUGCCAGAUAAAGUUAAGAAUAAAUUCAUGCCGCUGAUUCCUAUGGGCCGAUUUGCUUCCCCAGAAGAAAUCGCCGAAGUUAUUGCAUUCCUUGCUUCAGAGAAAAGUUCCUAUGUUAAUGGCGCCUCUAUUGAUGUUACUGGCGGUUUCUAGGAUAACACAAGAAUUAUUCCUUGAUUUAUAUUAUAAAUAGUUUAAUAAAAUCUUCAGUUAUAUAAUA